GAGAAGCAAUUGAACUAGGAAUACACAAAUACUAACAAGAUAUUAAAUUCCCUGUUAAUACAAGCAUACAUCAGUCUACAUUUAACACAAGUAUAACAGAUAUUUAUCAUUUCAGGUCAUAAACUUUAGAUAAAACGUUAUGUAAUUGAUAAAGUUAGUUAUUGGCCAGUGUUAUUGUACAUUGUGUUUUAGUGAAGUGAAGUAAUCAUUUCAGUGUUUCGUAUUAAUAUCAAGAAGACCCACCAACGUUCAGUGAUAAUGACAUCAAUCAAACCAAUCACAAAGAAGAUAAUAAAUACUCCAGAAACGUGCGUCGAUGAUAACUUGCGCGGCGUGGUGGCUGUGUACCCACAGUUGCAAUUGCAUCCGAAGCACCGGGUCAUCACCAUCAGGAGACAGGAUGACAGUAUGAGAGUGGCCAUCCUUGGUGGUGGAGGAUCGGGACACGAACCAUUUGCAUCAGGAUUCAUAGGUUCGGGAAUGCUCGAUGGCGCAGUGGCUGGUGGGGUUUUCGCUUCACCACCUACUGGACAUGUAUUGUACGGGAUAGCGCAACUACACAAAUAUAAUUCAGGGGGAGUUCUUGUUAUCAUUGGUAAUUACACAGGCGAUCGGCUAAACUUCGGCAAGGCCAUCGAGAAAGCUAAAAUAGCAGGAAUUAAGGUGGAAGGUCUUAUCGUGGGAGAGGAUGUGGCUUCAAGCAAGAACAAAACAGGCGGGCGCAGUAUGGUCGGAGAAGUACUAUUUUAUAAGCUAUGUGGAGCAAUGGCCUUAAAAGGUUACGACCUUGAGACGAUACGAAAGACUGCAGUUGAAGCUAACAAAAACAUGGCCACCCUAGGCGUGUGCCUCAGCGCUUGCUCUCUGCCAGGUCAGCCGCCGCUGUUCGAGAUAUCACCUGACGAGAUGGAACUCGGCGCUGGUGUACACGGCGAAGCUGGUAUAGCGAAAGUCAAAAUGGGUACCGCCAAGGAAAUCGUCAAGAUGCUUCUAGCUAUAAUUGUUGGUCAUUUAAAAUUAUCACGGGGAGAUCGGGUAGCGGUCACAGUGGACAACUUAGGUGGUACUUCCUUCUUGGAAAUGAAUAUCAUCAGCGCUGAAACUAAGGAUUACUUAGAAAACCACGAUAUCACGGUAGAACGUGUAUACGCGGGGCACUUAAAGACCUCACUAGAGAUGCACGGAUUUCAAAUAUGUCUUCUGCUUCUAAACAAGGAGCAUGGCGAUCUCUUCCUGGAGUUAUUGGACGCGCCCACUUCGGCUGCAGCUUGGACUGGUGGUGAAAUAUCCGUGAGGAGUGACGGCGGACAUGUCGACGAUGAGAGCUUGUUGAAAGGCGACGUUAGGAAGGAGGCUUCGGGCCCGUCUUUGUCAGCGAAACAGCAAGAUCUUCUCCGCGAGAGUUUGACCUCCGCUGCAGAAGUACUGAUUAAGAGCGAGGCUUUACUGAACAAGCUAGACUCAGGGUGCGGAGAUGGCGACUGCGGGAAUACGCUUAAAAAGUUUGGACACGCCAUCUUAGCAUAUCUGAAGACAGCUUCGUUAGAAUAUGUCUCCAACGUACUCUGGGACUUGUCAGAAAUCGCCGAGACCGACAUGGGUGGGACCUCGGGUGGAAUCUACAGCUUGGGGCUUUCGGCUGCAUCACAGGCAUUUUCAAUAGCUGCGUCCAAUUCUGUCCCAACAUGGCUGUCGGCAUUGGAAAGCGCAAUACAAGCUAUUUCAAAAUACGGUGGAGCUGAGCCCGGCGAUAGGACAAUGUUGGACACUUUGCAUGCAGUAGCUGAAACGUUGAAGAGGUGUAUCGAAGAAGAACUGUUAGCGGUGCUGAAGAAGGCUGCAGAAGCUGCCGAGCGCGGCGCCAAGGCCACGGCGAGUAUGAUCGCAAGAGCUGGUCGAGCAUCGUACGUGGCUAGCGGUUAUACGCAGCAAGAAGACGCUGGGGCGAGAGCAGCAGCUCUUUGGCUACAAGCUAUACUGUGUUCUAUCGCUAGUAAAAUAUGA